CGUGCGCACUCAGCUCAGGAGGCUGAACCUUCGGAAGGCGGCAGGUCCGGACAGAGUUUCCCCUGCCAUCCUGAAGCAUUGUGCUGCUGAGCUGGCUCCAGUGUUCACUGACAUCUUCAAUGCUUCCUUGGUGUCCUGUCAUGUACCUGCCAGCAUUGAGUCCUCCAAUACCAUCCCUGUUCCCAAGAAGGCCAGGAUCACAGGACUGAAUGACUACAGACCGGUGGCACUGACGUCUGUGGUCAUGAAGUCCUUUGAGCGCCUGGUUCUCUCUCACCUGAAAUCUAUCACUGCUUCUCACCUGGACUCAUUGCAGUUUGCCUACAGAGCCAACAGAUCUGUGGACGAUGCAGUGAACCAGGCCCUUCAUUUUGUUAUGGAGCAUCUGGACUGCCCAGGAACCUAUGGCAGGAUCCUGUUUAUGGACUUAAGCUGUGCCUUUAACAAAAUUCUUCCAGCUCUGCUUGAAUACAAGCUUCGCCAGCUUGACGUGCCUGACUCCUUCUGUAGAUGGAUUACAGACUUCCUGACCAGCCGAAGUCAGUGUGUGCGGCUGGGGACGACUGUCUCCGACACUCGGACCCUCAUCAUCGGGUCUCCUCAGGGCUGUGUUCUCUCUCCGUGGCUCUUCUCUAUGUACACUAACUGCUGCACCUCCAGCCACGAGUCCAUGAAGCUGAUCAAGUUUGCGGAUGACACCACCAUCAUCGGGCUCAUCUCAGAUGGAGAUGAGUCGGCUUACAGGAGGGAGGUGGAGCGGCUAAUGUCCUGGUGCAGCUACAACAACCUGGAGCUCAACGCCCAGAAGACAGUGGAGAUGUUCAUAGACUUCAGGAGAGUAACAGUUUCUCUGUCCCCUCUCAUGUUGGCUGGUUUACCUAUUCCUAUUGUGGACUCCUUCUGCUUCCUGGGAACCACCAUCACUGAGGACCUCAAAUGGGAGCCAACCAUCAGGUCCCUCAUCAGGAAGGCCCAGCAGAGAAUGUUCUUUCUGAGGCAGCGACGGAAACUACAACUGCCGACGAAGUUGCUGGUGGAGUUCUACACAGCCAUCAUCCAGUCCAUCCUCACCUACUCUAUCACCGUCUGGCAUACCACAGAACAUGAAAAUUUCACCUCCCACUAAAAGCAGAAGGGAUCUUUCUAGUAGGUGCCAAACAAGUUCAACAUGUCUGAAGUGGUUUCAGAGUGAUAACAUUUUUAUGUUUGUCGGUCUGAACACCACCGUCACUCGGGCUGAAAAACAGUUUACUGCACUGUUCACUCACUAAUCAGAAUAGCCUCAGAACAUGAAAAUAUCACCUGCCACUAUAGGAAAAACACUCUUUCUGGUACAUUCAACACUAAACCUACAUUUCUGAACUUUCCUAAGAGGGUUAUCAACGAUCUAAUUUUUGCCGAUUGUUGGGAAAUACACCUUUAAUGUAUCUUCCGCGUUUUCAUUUACUCGUGACAAUGACUACCAAAAACCUACAAGUUAAAAUCAAAAAGAAUUUAUUCCUUGCCAGCGGAGUCUAUUCACCUACUCAGGGCCCUGGGUCAUCAACUAUCUCUGCCUUAGCCUCAGCUCAAGUAGAAUACUGUGACAAAACUUAUCUGGGCCUGACCCUUUUUAUAUGCUUUCAGCCCAUCUUGGGGUGUAGUCUCCAUUGAUUGGUCCUGGUCUUCUUAUGGUCCUAGUCGUCAUGGGUCAAAUUCAACAUGUUGUAUUGACUCCACUCAGUCUGGAGCGAUGUUGAUGAAUCCUCCCAAAUGUUGCCUAUAAUAGGUGGUAGCUGAGAACCCGAUCCAUUCUUCUGAUUGGCUUGCUUCUGUCAUCUCAUCCGUUCUCCAUCUGGUCAUUUGGUUUACGACCCCCAUGGAUGAUCAAGUCCCAUGACAAUUGCCAUUCCUGCCAUUUAACACACACCAUUUUUAGUCCACAUAUUCUUCCAUGGAUACAGGGUCAACUUGAUGAUACCUUACCCUUACUCACCGCAUCUGUUGAAUGCAAUCUUUUUAUUAUUAUUUAACAAAACAUUCUAAAGUAAUUCAAUUCAAUGAUAUAUCUUUUUUUAAUAUAUUUAUUUAGUAAUAUAUCAUUAUUCCUAUACGGUCCGAAACCCACUUUCUCUGUGGCCGAAAACGCGUUUUCUGUGCUGUUCACUCACUGCUCAGCGAUGCCACAGAAGAUUAAAAUUUCACCUCCCACUAUAGCAGAAAAGGUAUUCCUCAUUGGUUCAGAACUAAUUCAACCUGUCUAAAGUGAUUUAAGAGAGUUAUCAACAUUUUUAUUUUUGUCGGUUUGUAACCACCUUUUCUUGGGCUGAAAACGCGUUUUCUGCACUGUUCACUCACUGAUCAGAAUAGCCUCUGAACAUGAAAAUAUCACCUACAACUAUAGGAAAAUCACUCUUUCUAGUAUAUUCAGCACUAAACUUACCUUUCUUAACUGUAUUUCAGGGGGUUAUCAACAUUUCUUUUACCUGGUUUGAAACCCAGCUUAUCCCGGGCCGAAAAGGCGUUUGCCGAAUGUGGACGUGUGUGUGCGGAGCUCCUGAGAUAGAGUUGACUUUUCUCCCUCAGAUCUUUAUAAAAAAAAACGACUGAACACAAAGGUGCUGGAGUACUUUAUUUUCUUUUGCUUUUUUGCUCUUUUGUAGAGCUGAGGCCCUUUUUGCCUCACUCGCGGAUCUGGGAAGCAAUGGAAAAGACUAUACUGUCAUGCUGGAGGUGGAAGAAAGCAUUGAAGCCAUGGAUAUCAUUAGGGAGAUUACCAAGCAAUGUGGAAAGCUGGCGUCUCUGCGUCCUAUUGGGGAAAAUAAAUAUGAAAUGACCAUGAAAACUAUUGAAGGAAUGGAGCAAACUAAGGAAGGAUUUACCUGUAGAUACUGGCGACAAAAGACUUGGUCUGCAGGGAAAUGGUUGUUUCCUUCCUUUAUAUGGCAUCUUAUAUACCCGACGAGAUAAUCCUGCAGAAAUUGGAAUCAUGGGGAGUGGAACCACUCUCCCCCAUCAAGAGACGACUUUGGCCUGGAACAGAUGUCGCCGAUGGAACUAGAUUUCUACAGGUUAUAUUCAACAAAGAGACAAUUUCUUUACCUUAUUCGACCAAGUUCGAGACAGAAACAGGUCCCCAAUAUAUACGAGUAUUACAUGACUGACAGGUCAGGGUCUGCAUGUCAUGCAUUAAGCUGGGGCACGUUUACCGCAAUUGUCCAGAGCUGUCUUGCUUUCAAUGUGGCAAAAAGGGACAUUAUAAAAGAGACUGCAACAAAAACAUAGUAUUAAGAAGACUUAAGGAAAGGAAGAAAGGAGCGAUGAAUAAUAUAGAAAUGCAGGACCAAGAUAGUGCUAUACAUACUGACUCCAGCGAAGAGGAAAGACAAACGGAAGAGGCGGGACAAACAAUGGAGAAGAGACAGAAACAGGAAGACAUGCCAGAGCAAACAACUAGCUGAAAGGAGAUUGGAGAGAAAACGGAACUGACACAGCAAAGGGGGGUUUCUGAAGAUAUCCAGCAGAUGUAUGCAAUGAAGAUAACAAAAGCCAAGAUAAAGAUGCCUAUUGAGAACCACCAGUGGAGAGCAAAUGUGAUGAAAGUGAAGAUGAAGAAAGAACUGGAGCGGAAAAAAGAUAUUGAUAUUGAUGGAAAAACGAAAAAAAAAAAUAAAAAGAUGUACAACCAAAGACAAGAAAAAAAACAUGCCAGAAGAAAAACAUGAAAAGAAUAUGUCUGAUCAAGAAAAAGCAAGAUCUGAGAUGGACAUGGACAAAAUACAUGACAAAAUGCAUGAGGAAGUAAUGAGUGGAAAAAUAGGAAAUGGCUAUAAACGAGUGAAGAAGAAAGUGAGAUGAGUGAGAUCUCUGGUGAUGAAUUGAUGGUAGAUAUUGACGAGGAAAAUCUCAAUAAAUAUUAAAAAACCUACUGUGAAAAAUAGAAGAGAGAAAGAUGAGGAGAGAAAAAUAAUUUCUAAAAUACCAACAAAGACAUCAAGAAGAUGAUAGAAAGAAUGCUUUUGUUUGAAAUGUUUAGU